AUGACAAAUGGAUGUGACAAACUGUCUGUCUUAUUGGAGAGCCAGAAGGUCACCAAAGAGAUCUGUGUAAGAAACUGUCAGAAAAUAGCAUUAAGAGAAAUCAGCAUGUUGUUUUUCAAACUGCAGUUUGACACCAUGUCCCCGGGGCCGGGAACAAAAGACCCAUCUCGAGUUGGAGACACCCAGAAUCCUCUCUUGAGUGAUGGGGAUUUAACUACAAUGAUUGGCAAGGGCACAGGUGCAGCAAGUUUUGAUGAAUUUGGAAAUUCAAAGUACCAGAAUCGCAGGACUAUGAGCAGCUCUGAUCGAGCAAUGAUGAAUGCUUUUAGAGAAAUUACUAACAUGGCAGACAGAAUCAACCUUCCCAGAAAUAUAGUUGAUCGAACAAAUAAUUUAUUCAAGCAAGUGUAUGAGCAGAAGAGCCUGAAGGGGAGAAGUAAUGAUGCCAUUGCUUCUGCUUGUCUCUAUAUAGCCUGUAGACAAGAAGGUGUUCCUAGAACAUUUAAAGAAAUAUGUGCAGUGUCCAGGAUUUCAAAAAAAGAAAUAGGUCGGUGUUUUAAGCUUAUUUUGAAGGCUCUGGAAACCAGUGUGGAUUUGAUCACAACUGGUGAUUUCAUGUCAAGAUUUUGUUCAAAUCUGGGUCUUCCUAAACAAGUACAGAUGGCUACUGCACUCAUUGAAGAACAUGAGUAUUAA